AUGUCGGUCGUCUACAAAGCCGUAAUUUCAGCAGCCGACAAAGUUGUACCACGGGGCUUGAGGCCACUUUGGGAACAUCCGGCGGGUCCAAAGACUAUUUUCUUCUGGGCACCCGCAUUUAAAUGGGGCUUAGUUAUUGCUGGCAUUGGAGACAUAACUCGUCCAGCAGAAAAAAUUAGCAUGUCUCAAUGCUCAGCAUUAGCUGCCACCGGUAUCGUGUGGUCACGAUAUUCACUCGUCAUCAUACCAAAAAACUGGAGCUUAUUUAGUGUUAAUGUUUUUGUGGGUGCUACAAAUUUAUAUCACUUGGCCAGAGCUUUUAUGUACCAGCAAGAACAAAAGAAGGCAUUAGAAAAUGGCAGUAAAAGUGAUAGUUAG